GGAUCAGGGAUCAGUGGGAUCAGUGGAUCAGGUUUUUGAACUCUCCUUUUUAUCCUACUUAGGUACUCUAGAAUUUGCUAUUGUUGCCGGAAAGCUUUUAAUGUGAUGUCUUUAAGAAAUUCAAAGGUGGGAAGCCAUACAUUCGUGAUUCGAUUAGGUAUAUUAAAUAAAGAGGAAACAAAAAAUUCUGACAAAGGUGAAUCAGAAAAAGAGGAAAUAGGAAAUUCUGACAAUGUUUGUAAGGACUAUGAAAGUGAAACCGAAAUGUUGAAAAAGAAAUUUAUAGUCAAUAAUGAAAAUGAAAUGUCAUAUUUAGUUAGAUUGAAGAUAAUGGGAUAUGUUGGAUUCGAUUUUACAAAUACAGAUUUGUAUAGAAAAAAAAAAGAUUUUAGAGCAGGAUAUUACAUUGAUAUGGAUAUCAACACGAAAACGGAACUAUCCGAAGAUUUUAAAUCAGACAAAGAUGGAAUAUGACGUUUAUAAAAUUUAUAAAAUUUCAUUUUAUUUAUAAUCAAUAAUGUAUAAUUAUACCUAGGUAUUCAAAAUGAAUAAUACGUUUUAAUAUUGUAAU